AUGGGAGACUAUGGUGAGAACUCGGGCUCGGUGGGCGGAGUCGACCCGCCCAUCCCAACCGUGACGGCGCCGACUGGCUCGCUGUACGGCAGCUCAGACCUGCUGGGCGGCAUCGCAGCCGAGCCAGACACCAGCUCGUCCGCCGAGUCGGCAGAGGUGGCCAACCCAGAGUACGUCAACGGCCAGGGCGCCGACAACAAGCUCGGCCUGUACCUGGACUUCAACAGCGUGGAGGCGCCCCAGCCGGUGCGAGGCGGCUACGGCGCCACGGACCCGGGCCCGCGCACGUACUACUACGAGCGCAUCAACCCGGACGUGUACGCCAUCCCGGGCACCGACAGCGGCGACGUGGCGCAGGCCAUGUGGCCGCUGGGCCUGUCGCACAACCGGCAGGGCUCGGACGUGGGUGCCGGUUGGGCGCGCCAGGAGAACAUCGAGGUCCUGCCCGGCGCGACGGCCAUGGCGGGCGUCGACAUGCGGCUGGGCCCUUAUGCCUACCGCGAGCUGCACUGGCACACGGCCAACGAGUGGUCGCUGGUGCUGCGAGGGUGCGUGCGCGUCUCGUCGGUCAACACGGCCGGGGCGAGCUUUGUGGAUGAUGUGUGCGAGGGCGAUGUGUGGUAUUUCCCGUCUGGGGUGCCGCAUAGCAUCCAGGCUUUUGACGAAGGGGUUGAGUUCUUGCUUGUGUUUGACGACGGUGCGUUUAGUGAGGAUGAGACGUUCUUGGUGUCCGAGAUGUUCCUGCGGACGCCCAUCAGCGUGUUGUCCAAGAACUUUGAGGCGGACCCGAGUGCCUUUAACGACAUCCCACAGGAUGAGUUAUAUAUCUUCAACGGAACACCUCAGCCGACGACCAUCGAUGACACCCAAAAUAUCACCUCUUCUGCCGGGUCUCUAGACGGCACCAACAUGUCUCAGACCUACCACUGGUCCCAGCAGGAACCCUACCAGGUGCCCGGAGGCUCCGUCAAGAUCAUUGACCCCACCACAUUCCCUGUGGCGUCCCAGUUCUCCGCAGCUCUGGUGACGGUGCAACCUGGCGCGAUGCGCGAGAUCCACUGGCAUACGACGUCGGCCGAGUGGAACUACUUCCUACAAGGGUCGGCGCGCAUCACCGUGUUCCAGGCGCCCGAGGCAGCACGCACCUUUGACUUCACGGCUGGCAGCGUUGGGUACAUCCCACAGGCGGCAUCGCACUAUGUCGAGAACACGGGCGACGAGGAUGUCAUCUUCCUCGAGGUGCUGCAGGCCACCAAGUUUAGUGAUGUCAGCGCGGCGCAGUGGUUGGCCCUGACCCCGAAGCAGGUCGUGCAGGACCAUCUGCACCUGCCGGAGAGCGUGUGGGACAAUCUGCCCAAGGAGAAGGCGUACAUCAAGCAGGGGCCGACCAACAUGACGGCGCUGGCGACGGCUCACGGCGGCGUCCACGGCCACGGCCACGGCUACAGCUUCGGCGGCUGCCAAGGCUAG